AUGAGAAGAAAGCUCUGCUACUGCGGUACAAAACACAUCAAACCUAUAGCACUUUGUGUCACUUACCCUGGCUCCAAACUGCCCGGGACCUUUUCUGAACACUUCUGCACACUCCCAGCAGCCAGAAUGUGUCCUGGGAGGUAUACUUUAGCCCUUAAAUUUGGAUUAAAGCAAGAUAAGGGGGAAAAAAUUGGAAUCGAGGGUAAUAUUUAUUUUGUUUAUACUUUUCUGUAUUUUCCAAAUUUUUCUAUAAUGAAUAUGUUUUACUUCUUACAAAUUUCCCCCAAAUUACAUAAUUAA